AAAUGAAAAGGACCAAAAUGUAAAAACACUAACUUAUGAGGGAUUCAUGUGUUAUUCAAUGGUUUUUGUCUCUCCCCCUCCAAUUACUAACCAAUCGUCUUUCUCUCUUCAUUGACCCCUUUUUUUGAAAUUACCAAAUCUCUCUCCAUUUCAGCGAAUCUCUUCUUCAGAUUUUCCUCUUCCACUAAUCUUUUGCCUGUUUAAUCGGAGCUUAGAUAUCAUCAGAAGGUUUUUGUUCUAUCAAUUCUCCUUCAUUCGAUCCAUUUUUACCCCUUUCUUUGGAAUCUCCGAUUCGACCAAGCUUCUUCGCCGUCUCAUCGGAGACAAACACAUAUUCACGCUAAAUCAACUAAAUUAAGCUUAGAUAGAUAUAUAGAUAUAUAGGUAAAAACUCAACUACGACUACUCGGAGAUGUUGGGUGCUGGAUUUCAGUUGACGAGAGGCAGACACGGCGACGAUCCUUUCUACACUUCCGCAAAAACUCGCAGGGCCAAUCAGCGCAUCGAUCAGCUCCGUAGAGCUCAGAGCGACGUCUCUAACGUUCCAUCAUCAGCUCCUUCUCCGCAUAAACAACAACUCGAGCCGUCCGAUUUAUCUUCCAGUAAUCUAGAUCGGUUUUUAGAGUCGGUCACACCAUCCGUACCGGCUCAGUUUUUAUCCAAGACAUUGCUACGAGAAAGAAGAGCAGAUGAUGAUUAUAAUAAACUUGUGCCUUAUUUUGUGCUUGGUGAUAUAUGGGACUCAUUUGCAGAGUGGAGUGCUUACGGCACCGGUGUGCCUCUUGUUUUGAAUAACAACAAGGAUCGUGUUAUCCAAUACUAUGUCCCUUCUUUGUCAGCCAUUCAAAUCUAUGCUCAUUCUCAUGCCUUGGAUUCAUCUCUUAAAUCAAGGCGUCCUGGUGAUAGUAGCGACAGUGAUUUUCGGGAUUCAAGUAGCGAUGUUAGCAGCGAUAGUGAUUCCGAGCGGGUUUCUGCUAGAGUAGACUGUAUCUCAUUGAGGGAUCAACAUCAGGAAGACUCUUCCAGUGAUGAUGGCGAACCUUUAGGCUCUCAAGGUCGUUUGAUGUUUGAGUAUCUUGAAAGAGACCUUCCAUACAUCCGUGAACCUUUUGCUGAUAAGGUUUGUGCGUUCAUUUCUCUACUAGAACCGAAAGCAUGGUGUAGAUACUAUAUACUAAGAUGAUGAUAUAUAUUAUUAUCAUCUUUUAUGCUCUUAUAUCAUACCAGGUAACUUCAAAUUUAAAAACUAAUGCUCAGAAAUGGCCUUUGUUGUUUCUAACCUUCAACUGAUGGCUAUCAACUAAUCAGAAAUGUUCAAUCUGCUCAGGGACUGGUCAUCGUCAACUUAAACUAAACCACAUUCUUUUCUAUUUGUUUUAGUCAACAAACUAGACCACAUUCUAACUCACAAAAAAAUUGGGAACUUGUUUGAGUCUGUUGUUAAUAUUAGGCUCCUCCUCCUGACUAUUGCCUAUGUUGCAAUACAGGUCUUGGACCUCGCAGCUCAGUUUCCCGAGCUAAUGACGCUGAGAAGCUGUGACUUACUUCGGUCAAGCUGGUUUUCUGUUGCAUGGUACCCAAUUUACAGAAUACCCACAGGACCGACACUGAAGGACCUGGAUGCUUGUUUCUUGACGUAUCAUUCCCUACACACAUCUUUUGGAGGUGAAGGCAGUGAACAAUCAAUGAGCCUUACGCAACCAAGGGAGAGCGAGAAGAUGUCAUUGCCUGUGUUUGGGCUUGCUUCAUACAAGUUCAGAGGUUCAUUAUGGACACCCAUUGGGGGUUCGGAGCACCAGCUCGUGAACUCUCUGUUCCAAGCCGCUGACAAAUGGCUGCAUUCUUGUCAUGUCAGCCACCCUGAUUUCCUCUUCUUCUGCCGUCGUUGAGUAGGGUAUGAAGUUGUGACGCACUUUGAGAGAGUUUCAAAAAGAAACUCAAAACUGUUGAUAUGGAGGGUUGUUGUCAGAUUCAGGUUUAAAAACGAGUUGAUUUUUAUGUCUGUAAGUUAUAGAUAAAACGAAUUUUGUUUGGUCAGAUAAUGUAUGUGAACCGUGGGCUUACCUCGUGUUGUUGUAUACCUAUACCAUGUUGUCUUGCAAUAGAAACUUUUGGAGUAAAAAUGUGAAUGUUCAAUCUAGCAGCAGCAUACUUACGGUU